AUGAGUAUUAUCUUGUGAUUUUGUCCAACAAUUAAGCGUCAUACUGUUUUAUUAGUCAUUAGACCUGGCUACACUUUAGUGUUUUUCUCAUAGUUCUCUGGUUUCUUUGUAAUUAGUAUAAAAUUGUUCAUUUAUGAAGAGGCAAGAUAAGAGUAAUGCAAUUCUACCUCACAAAUAUGUGUAAUUGUGGCUGAAGAGCUUCAGUGUUACCUUCUGAAGAGUCUUAUUUAAUGUCACUAAUGCAUGUGCUGAAGUCCGCAGUAAUAAGCAAUCACUUUUUUUUUCACCAAUGGUGUCUUUUCUCCAAUGAGGGAGACAAAGAUGUUUUUUAAGCUUCUGUUGCACUAGAUAUGCCUUGUGUUGUCCACAAGUACCAGUAUUAAUACUGGAGAAGCAUUAGUAUAAACUUUUACACACGAAGCAUGACGAAUUAUUUUUCAUCUCCAUGUUUCCUGAAACUCUUUUUGAGAAACUGUUGAUGAACCUUUCGAUUUUUGGUAAUGAAACCCUUUCUUGUGUUUAUUAGAAUUUUUACGCGUAUGAAGCAUGAAAAAGUUAUGAACGCUCCAGUCAUUAUGACUCUGGUAACAUGGCAACAUCAGUCAGCAGCUGAUAUGUCUAUAUUUAUCUUAAGAUGAAUUGUCAACUCCAUCUAUAUGUAUAGACUUUUAAGUUAUCAAAAUCAAAUUCCCACCUCAUGUGUUGUAUUCCAAAAUUCUUUCCAACUUUAAUAAUAGAUAGACCACAAAAGCUGUUACCGUGACCAAUUCUUCAGUCCACCACUAGUUAAUAGUCAAUGAAAGUUAACACGAAAAUACCCAAGUUUUGUAUAAAAUGAUGGCUGCAGCUUCUGGUUAGAAAUUGAUAGUUGAGUUAUAGGUUCCCCGUUAAACAGUGAAAAUUUGGUGAACCAUUGUGUAUAUGAAAUAAUCUGUUACUUCCUCUUGUCGAAAACUAAGCUUCCCAAGUUCACACAAGAUGAGAACAUCACUUCAUCUUCUUGCAUUCCUAUUUCUAAUCCUUCAUCAUCAGUCAAAUGGCCAAAAUAGUCCAAAUAUUAGCACAGGCUCUACUUUCACUGCUGCAGACAAUGGUUCUUUGUUAUCCUCAUCCGGGGACUUUGCGUUCGGAUUUUAUCCUGUUUCAGAUACUCUCUUCCUAGUUGGAAUUUGGUUCAACAAAAUCCAGGAAAGAACACUAGUCUGGUCAGCAAAUCGCGACAGUCCAGCUGAAAUCGGAUCAACUAUUAGUCUAACAAAUGGUGGCCAGCUAGUGCUCAACUAUGUUAAUGGCACAGUUAUACGGAUUUACAGUGGGACUUCAAGGUGGGGAUUCAUACAGGAUGAUGGGAACUUUGUCUUGACUGACUCCAACUUAAGAAAAGUUUGGGAGAGCUUUAAUUCUUCCACUGAUACGCUGUUACCGGGACAAAUUAUGUUACCAACAGUAAAGCUCUAUUCUAAUUCUAUUUCAGAUGGGAAUUCCAAGUACUCUAGAGGGAAAUUCAUGCUAGAAAUGCAAGCUGAUGGAAAGUUGGUGCUAUCUGCUUAUCAUUUCGCUGACACAGGAUAUUGGCUUAGUAGUCAAGAUCCUCAAGGAAGCAAUGAAGUGAGUUUGGUUUUCAACCAGAGGAAUGCAUCUCUGUACCUUGUGAAAGGUACUAACAAUAACACUAUUUAUUCCUUUCCAUCGAAUGUCCCAACCCCGGUUGAAGACUACUACCACCGUGCAACACUAGACAGUUUUGGCAACUUCCAGCAGUAUGCUUAUCAUAAGACUAAUGGUAGCAAUUGGAUAAGAGUUUGGAAGAUCCCUUCAGAGCCAUGUAUGGCGAAUGCUAUUUGUGGGGCUUAUGGUUUAUGCAGCUCAAAUGAAAAUGAAACAGUAAAUUGUGAAUGUCUACCGAGCUAUGUCUUCUUGGAUCCAAGUAAUCCUACCAAAGGUUGUCAUCCAGAGACAAUGAUCAACUUCUGUGCAGAUCAUUCUCCAGAAAAUUUCACAAUAGCGGCUAUUAAGGAUAGUGACAUGCCUUACAAGGAGGUUGGGGAUUACGAAAUUUAUCCUGAUGUCGAUGAGGAGUGGUGCAAGAGGGUUGUCAUGGAAGAUUGCUAUGCCAUGGCUGCUUCUCUAGUCAAUAGGACAUGUUCCAAGAAGCGAACUCCUAUACUUAACGCGCGUAAAACUUCUAUGACCAAAGGUAGCAUCUCCUUCAUCAAGGUGCCAACAAAGUUGGUGAAAGAUGGCGUAUCAACAAAAAAGAAAUCCAACAAGAGAGCGCAUCUCACUGCUGGCCUUAUAACCACCAGUUCACUUGCUGUCCUGUUUGGAGCACUGGCUUUCUACUAUCAUCCUGCUCCUCGGAGACUGGUACGACGAGAGUGGAAUCCGAAUUCAUCAACAAUAGGUAUCAAUUUCCGCGAGUUCAAAUACAAGGAACUGUAUGAAAUAACAAAUGGCUUCAGCAAGCAGCUUGGAAAAGGAGCUUCGGCGAAAGUUUACUUUGGGAAUCUCAAGUUAAAGGAUAUUCAAGUAGAGAUUGCUGUGAAGCGGAUAACAGACGUUGCAGAGCCCAGUGAGAAGGUAUUCAUGACAGAACUAAAAAUCAUAGGCAGAACUCAUCACAAGAAUUUGGUAAAACUUUUGGGAUUUUGCAUUGAGGACAAUCACUUUCUUUUGGUUUACGAGUUGAUGAAGAACGGAGCAUUAUCAGAUUUUUUGUUUAAGGAAGAACUGCUGCCUACUUGGAGUCACAGAACAGAAAUGGCAAUAGGAAUUGCAAGAGGACUGCUUUACUUGCAUGAAGAAUGUGAUUCUCCAAUCAUCCAUUGUGACAUAAAGCCUCAAAAUGUACUUCUUGAUAGCAAAUACAAUGCCAAGAUUUCAGAUUUUGGGCUAUCAAAACUCUUGAAGAAGGAUCAAACAAGAACAGAUACAUGCGCAAGAGGGACAGUUGGAUAUUUAGCACCAGAAUGGCUAAAGAAUGCACCAAUAACACCCAAAGUGGACAUUUUCAGUUAUGGUGUAAUGUUAUUGGAGAUUACAUGUGGCAGAAGGCAUAUUGAGCUUAGCAGGGUAGAGGAAGAGAGCGAAGACGAUGAAGGUGAUGAUUUACUGCUUGUAAAUUGGGCUGCAGGCUGUGUGAGAAGUGGUAGAAUCGACAAACUUGCAAGGAAUGAUCCUGAAGUAUUGAACGAUGUUAAACGAUUUGAAAGAUUCGUCAAGGUGGGAUUGUGGUGUGUCCAUCCUGAUCCAAUUCUUAGACCUUCAAUGAAAAUGGUUAUGCAAAUGCUUGAAGGCACAAUAGAGGUUGGAGUUCCUCCAAUGGUGGAUUAGUGAAUGUUUUCCGUUAUCAAAUCAUUGACAGGCAAGAGAAUGCAAAGGAACAUGAAGAAGUUAUUGACUUUUUUUUAGCAUAAUCUGCUGUUUGAAUUUUAAAUUUCUAUUAGAUUUUUUUUAGUUUGUUGAGAUAUUUUAGUUUUUUUCUAAUUCUUGUUCUACAAAAUAUGUUUUCAAGUUAGCUAUUUAAAUCCCUCUAUGGUUAAUAAAGUUACGCUAGCAGCAUUGAUCCUAUUCUUCAAUUUAAUUACUACUGCUGUUCUUUUUUGAUUAUUUUACUAUUUUUACUGUUAGUACUUUUCUUUCUUCAUUAUUUUCCGCAUUUAUUUCUACUCUGACGUUUCUUUCAAAACUGUUCUUGAAAAUGAUUUUUUUGAGCCGAGGCUCAGUCUAUCGAAAACAUUCUCUGUAUCCCACAA